AUGUCUCUUAGUUGCGAAUUUCUGGUGGUGUUGUGGGAAAAGCAGGGGUACAGUGUUGUGCUACCGGAGAAAUUGCAGACUGGGAAGUGGGAUGUUUACAGAUCUGCACGCUCUCCUUUGAAGCUUGUGAGUAGAUUCCCUGAUCAUCCUGAAAUUGGCACCUUGCAUGAUAAUUUUGUGCACUCUGUUGAGACUUAUCAAGACUACAAAUAUUUGGGUUCACGCAUUCGGGUGGAUGGAACUGUUGGAGAGUACAAAUGGAUGACGUAUGGAGAAGCAGGUACUGCUCGAUUAGCAAUUGGUUCUGGUCUUGUGUAUCAUGGGAUAUCAAAGGGAUCUUGUGUUGGGCUAUAUUUUAUCAACAGACCAGAGUGGUUGAUAGUCGAUCAUGCCUGCUCUGCAUAUUCAUACUUAUCGGUUCCUCUAUAUGAUACACUUGGUCCAGAUGCUGUCAAGUACAUUGUAAAUCAUGCUGUUGUAGAAGCUAUAUUUUGUAUGCCACAAACAUUGAAUGUUUUGCUGAGCUUCUUGUCUGAGAUUCCUUGUGUACGUCUAAUAGUGGUGGUCGGGGGGAUAGAAGAUCGAAUGCCAUCGCUUCCACCCACAUCAGGAGUAGAGGUUAUAUCAUAUUCAAAGCUACUUGGUCAGGGCCAGAAUAACAUUCAGCCUUUUUGCCCGCCAAAACCUAAUGAUGUUGCCACAAUAUGCUAUACAAGUGGUACAACUGGGACACCUAAAGGAGUUGUAUUGAGCCAUGGAAACUUGAUUGCAAAUGUUGCUGGUUCAUCUCUUGGUGUCAAAUUCUAUCCUUCAGAUGUUUACAUAUCAUAUCUUCCUUUGGCACAUAUAUAUGAACGUGCUAACCAGGUCCUGCUGGCAUAUUAUGGUGGUGCAGUUGGAUUUUACCAGGGAGACAAUUUGAAAUUAAUGGAUGAUAUGGCUGCUCUUAGACCCACUGUAUUCAGCAGUGUUCCUCGGUUGUACAAUAGAAUAUAUGCUGGCAUUACUAAUGCUGUAAAAACAUCUGGUGUUCUGAGGGAGAGGCUAUUCAAUGCUGCCUACAAUGCUAAGAAACAAGCAAUUCUGAAUGGCAAGAACCCAUCUCCUAUGUGGGACACACUAGUGUUCAAUAAAAUAAAGGACAAGCUUGGAGGACGAGUUCGUUAUAUGACUUCAGGUGCCUCACCUUUGUCUCCGGACGUCUUGGACUUUCUAAGGGUUUGCUUUGGCUGUAAAAUUGUGGAAGGAUAUGGAAUGACUGAGAGUUCUUGUGUUAUAACUGCUAUGGAUGAGGGUGAUAACUCAUCUGGUCAUGUGGGCUCUCCUAAUCCUGCCUGUGAGGUAAAGCUUGUGGAUGUCCCGGAAAUGAAUUAUACAUCUGAGGAUCAGCCGUAUCCACGUGGCGAGAUCUGUUUGAGGGGCCCCAUUGUAUUCAAAGGUUACUAUAACGAUGAAGUGCAGACGAGAGAAGUACUUGAUCAAGAUGGAUGGCUUCAUACAGGAGACAUUGGGUUGUGGAUACCUGGAGGUCGCUUGAAGAUAAUUGACAGGAAGAAGAACAUUUUCAAAUUAGCACAGGGAGAGUACAUAGCUCCUGAGAAAAUUGAGAAUGUAUAUGCUAAAUGCAAGUUUAUUGCACAAUGCUUUGUAUAUGGUGAUAGCUUCAACUCUUCUUUGGUUGCUGUAGUCUCAGUGGACCAGGAUAUGUUGCGAGAAUGGGCAGCAGCCGAGGGCAUCAAGUAUGACGAUUUAGGACAACUAUGCAAUGACCCAAGAGCAAGGGCUGCUGUCCUGGCUGACAUGGAUGCUGUUGGACGAGAAGCUAAGCUGAGAGGUUUUGAAUUUGCAAAAGCCGUGACUUUGGUGCUUGAGCCAUUCUCCGAGCAGAAUGGUCUUCUCACUCCAACAUUCAAGAUCAAAAGACCUCAAGCAAAAGCAUACUUUGCUGAAGCAAUAGCCAAGAUGUAUACAGAAGUUUCAAAGUCUGAUCCUGCUCCCAAGAAAAAUUGA